AAUUAUGAGGUGGAGAAUGUCCUUGGGAAGGAGAUGGGGCCCUUACUCUGCUUUGUCCAGUCCAUCACCACACAACAGAGCAGCUGUGUCACCCUGGAGGAGAUUGAGCUUCUGAGUGCAGCAGGAGCCACGACCACCCACCUUCCUUCCAGACGGCCGGCCAAGCGGUUGCAGUAAGGGCAGCCCUUUACGAGGGGAGCCCUGUUAACUCCAGAGGUUUUCAUGCUUUUAAACUACCCAGGCUCUCUUUUUCUCCUAGGAGAUUAAUAGGAUGGUUUGUAAAUUAAAAAUCAAAAAAUCUUUAUUACAUCUUUUUUUCUUACCUUUCUACAAGUUUGAGGACGUGUUUGAGUAUCCAUGUGUCUUCACUUUGCAUUACUUAGGCAAUAUUACUGAUGUGUUAGGAAAUGUUCUUUGUUGGCUUUAAAGUAUUUAAGAUUUUACCAAUAUUGUACCUUUUAUUUUGCAGUACUUAAUAUUUCCUGGAAGACUAUUAUGUAAAGCUUCAACCAGCAUCUCAUAUUGAGAUAUUGCUGUUCUGUUACAAUAAAUAAAUGCUCAACCUAAA